AUGUAAAAUCAAGAACUAAACUAAUUUGUUAAAUAUGAUCAGUUUUCUUCAUAUCUAACAAAAUCUUAAGUCAAAUUCAUAGAAACUCGCAAUCCAUUAGAUUAUUAUUAGAAAAACAAUAUCCAAACAUAGAAUUGGGAUUCAAGUCUUCUUCAAACAAAACCAUUAAUUAAUAAAGAACUUGACAAAAUCAAUAAUCUAGUUGAUUCUCUAUUUACAAAAAAAGAAACUCAACUUAAUUAGAAAUAAGAAUAAAAAGAACGUAAUUAGAAGUCAUUUAUGGAGAAAUCUUCACCUUUAGGUAAUCUUUUAUCUGAAACAACUUAAUCUAUGGAUUACAAUCUAUAAUAAUAGAAUAUUCAUUAGAAUCAAAGUCUGAUGGAUCUUAAGGCUGACAUUCUUAAUGUGAGAUCAAUUUCAUUUAAAUAAGAACGUCCUCGAUAAAUAAAGACAUCAAAUGUAUAAAAAGUAAUUGAACAGAAAGGACUGAAUCUUAAAUAAUCAGCUCCAUUGAGUUUACAUGAAUUGAGAUAAAUAAAUAAUAUUGAAAUACAGAAAGCUUUGAAGGUCUUGUAAAAAUGAUUAUAUAAUUACAAAUAUGUAAUAGUAAUUCGAUUAAAAUAUACGAAGAUUGGGAGAUUAUCAAUUCGAUUCCAAAUAUCUUUUGGGAGAAGGGGCUUUUGGCAAGGUUUAUAGGGGAAAUAAAAUAAGUACAAAUAUGGAAGUGGCCAUAAAGAAGAUUGAUAGUUAAAUGAUCAAUAAAGAUUAGUAUUUAAUUGAUGCUCUAAGUAAAUAAAGUAAACAAGUAGAAUAGAUAGCGAGGUGCAAAUAAUGAAAUAAUUGGAUCAUCCAAACAUUGUUAAAUUUAUAGAUAAAUUUACAACUGAUCGCUCCAUCUAUAUUGUUACAGAAUAUUGUGCUGAUGGAGAUUUAAGAAAUAUAAUGAAGGGAAGAAAGAUACCUGAGACAGAAGUUAAUUAAAUAUUCUGUUAAUUAGCAACUGGUUUUAAAGAAUUGGUAAAAGCAAAUAUAAUCCAUCGUGAUCUUAAGCCAGCCAAUAUAAUGAAUCAUAGAGGUAUUGUUAAAAUAGCUGAUUUUGGAUUUUCUAAAAUUGUUGAUAAUUUUAAAGGGGAUUUAUUAAGAACUUGUGUAGGUUCACCAUUAUAUAUGGCACCUUAGAUAUUAAAAAAGGAGAAAUAUACAACCAAAUCAGAUAUUUGGUCAUUGGGUAUUAUUUAUUAUGAAAUGAUUUAUGGUAACUCUCCAUGGACAGGUAUGGAUGAGAAGAGUUUAACUUAAAAUAUAAUGAAAUAACCAUUAAGAUUUCCAUCACAUAUUUAAUUAUCAGAAUUUGGAAAAAAUUUCAUAACAAAAGCUUUAGAGAAAGAAGAAUCUAAAAGAAUGGAAUGGAAUGAUUUAUUUCUUAUGUUUGAAUAAUAGAAGAGAUAAUUGCCAUAAUAAAAGAUUUAAUUUGAUAAAAAUAAACUUGUUAAUAAUAUUCUUGAUUCUCCUUAAUCUCCUCCUUAAAUAAAUGAAGCACCUAAUUAAUAAUUAUUAUCAUAAUUAAAUAUACUCAAUUUAUAAAGAAUGCAUUUAAAUUUUUCACAUUUUGUAAAUGUUGAAAUCACUUAACAUAUAUCAAUUAUUACACAACAUUAUAGAAAAGAAUUAUAUUUUGAAUUAUUAUGUUUACUUUCAGCUAAAUUCACUGCUAAUUCAUUCAAAUUAUUAUAAACAAAAGUAUUAUAAUUAUUAGAAUCAUAAAAGAAAUCAAAUGAAUAUUAAAAAUUCAUAAGUUAAAUUUAAAACGAAUAUUAAUUAGCUAAUGAACUUUGUACAAAUACUUUAUAAUAUUUUGAUAGAAUAGGUUUAUUAUCUAGUUUAAGAUAAUUGGCUGAUUUUUAAACCUUUAUUGAUGUUGUAGAGUUAAAUUAAAAUUAACUUAUUUCAGUUGAAAAGAUUAUUAAAGAAAGAGUUUAAAGUGUUUCUAAAUAAAUGAUAUAGAAUUGCAAAGAGAAUGAAGUAUUAAUUUUAUUGGAUUAUUUGAUGGAAAUGUGUCUUAAUAGAAGUAAAAUUAUGAAUGGAAAUAAUAAUGUGGACUUUUCAUUUAUUCAAGAAAGAAAAAUACAACCAGAUUAUAAUUCAUACUUAAAUUAUAAAUUAAGUGAGAUGUAUGGUUAUUGA